UUUAAUGGCAAUCGAAUUAAGUCCGCAACUAAGCUUCUUCAUGUGUGUGUAUCUCCAAGUUUUUAAGGGUAACAAAUCGAUCCCCACACUCCAUCAUUUCGCCAUAAUCACCAUACUUAUCCCACCAGACCUGGGCUUUGAUACUAGUUGUUGGGCUCAAUCAGCCCUAGAAUAUUCUUACAUGGUGCGAUAUUAAGAGCUUUGCCUGCAUGAUUCUUUCUCUAAACGUCUCAUAUCGUAUCACAAACGGGGUUAUGUUGAACCCCAACUCCGCCCCUGAGUGUAUAUAGUAUAAUUUUUGGGUAUUUUGAGGCCAUGUCUCAAUUGAUACCUUUUGGAUAAUGGUGAGUUUCCUCCCUUGAUUCUCCAUCACACAUUAUCUUAGAUAUAAUAGUCAAAAACAAUAUAAUGAUAUAUGUUUCCUCUAUAAAUAGUUCCUUAAGACAAGCUUAUUUUCGCACCAACCAAAAAAACAAGAACAAACAUAUCUAUAGUGCAAAUUUACUCUCUCUCUCUCAAUGGCAAUGAAGGUUGUUUCAGUGUUGUUCAUUGUAAUAAUGCUUGUUUUGACAGAGCACAAUGCUAUGGCUGGUCCAUUAACAUGUCUGCUCGGAUGUUCAGCUAAGGCGAUAUUUUUGUCUGAAACAAAUUUUCUUAAGUGCAUGGUUGAAUGUGGUACACCAUGUACGAUAGCAUGUUCCAUUAACAACAGAAAACCUGAGGACGUAGCUAAGUGCUUGGUGGAUUGUGGUGUACCGUGUCCGGCAAAAUGUACACGGGAUUUCAAAAAUGCUGCGUCCUAUAGUGUGUGCCUCAUUGGUUGCUUUUCGCCAUUUGUAAAUGAGGAGAUUGAAACUCCAAACACUACAACUGCUGUUUGUACAGUUGGAUGUUCUCUUUCAGUUUGUUCUGAAUUUCUCAACGAUGAGGAGAUGCUUAAAACUUGCGUGAAAAGCUGUGGUAGCAACCAUUGCGCCAUCGGUGGCAAUAAAAUUGCUCUAGAGAAAGCUUAAGAAGAAGCAUUAAUUUGCUCUAAGAAAUUAUGGCCACAAAGUAUGUGUUUUUGACACUAUGUUAUGUACUAAGCUACUAAUUAAUACUUUUGUGGUUGUAAUUUUCUAAAUUAUGUAUUUGUGUUGUGUGUUGAAUAAAACUCUAGUUCUUCCUAUUAUCUAAAUUAUGUAUUUGUGUUGUGUAUUGAAUAAAACUCUAGUUCUUCCCAUUAAUGAACUAGAGAAGUUAAUUA